AAAAAGUUGCUACCUUUUAGCUUUUCUUGAUUGAAUAGAGUGAUUUUGUGUUGUAAAGUUUAGUGGGAUUGGGAAUCAAUAUAAAUUAUUUACCCACUGUGAAAAUAUUCCCUUCUUUUCAUUAAAAGGAAACUUGCUGAUUCUUUGAACUCCGGUUAGCAGGUUUUGUGAAAUGGAGGUCUCAGAUCAUUUUCUGGUUCUGAAUUCAUCUGAUUCAUCUAGUAAUAAUGUUAAAGUUCAGCCAUCACUAUCUGUUGGUUCAGUUCUUGAUGGGAUGUUGAGAAAUAAUGCCCAAACUUAUACUCACACCCACACCCAUAUCUAUCCUAAUUCCCAGAGUGAUGGUGAGCCAAGAAGAAGGGCUUCUGGGAAUCGAGAAGCGGUUAGGAAGUAUCGAGAGAAGAAGAAGGCUCACACGGCUUACUUAGAGGAGGAAGUGAGGAAAUUGAGAGCUGUGAAUGAGCAGAUGGUUAAGAAAGUAGAGAGGCAGGUGGUUCUUGAGGCAGAGGUCAUGAGGCUUAGAGCUCUAUUGCUGAAACUUAGAGACAAGAUUGAUAGCGAGUCGGGGGCGGGGCAUAGUGGUUUUCCCUUCCAAAAACACUGCGAUCCCGCCACUCCUUUCGAGCAAGGGGAUUGCGCGGUCCAAUCUAGUGGCAAGGGGCCGGGCACUGGCUUGAUGAUGGUUAAGAAAGUAGAGAGGUUUAGAGGUCUAUUGGUGAAACUUAGAGACAAGAUUGAUAGCUAGUUUAUGUAUUGGCACCAAGAAUAUGGAUAUAUAUAUGUAGGGUACUUGUACAUAUUUGUGGAAGGAAAUCACAUGUUGUAGCUAGAUCAGAUAUAUACAUUA